AGAUUCUAUAAAACGAACUCCUAAACAACACAAUUACGCAUGCGUCAAGUUUCAUUUCGUUUGCUUGACAUGGCGUUGUUACUGCAGUUUAGUGCUGGGACCCGCAACCUUUUAUUUAAACAUUUGGUGAAACCAUCCGUAGCUUCAGCAUCUCAAACUCGUGAUUUCCACUUCAGAAUCCAUGGCCGUAACACUGAUGCUAAACACUCUGCAUCAGCCCAAAUAAGCCGGGACUAUCCAGUCAUUGAUCACACAUACGAUGCUGUUGUCGUAGGUGCCGGUGGCUCAGGAUUGAGAGCAGCCUUUGGUUUGGCCAAUGAAGGUUUCAAAACAGCAUGUGUAACCAAACUGUUUCCAACUCGCUCCCACACUGUGGCAGCUCAGGGAGGUAUCAAUGCUGCUCUUGGUAACAUGGAAGAGGAUGACUGGCGUUACCAUUUCUAUGACACAGUGAAAGGAUCAGAUUGGCUUGGAGAUCAAGAUGCUAUCAGCUACAUGUGUGAAGAGGCACCCAAAGCUGUCAUUGAGCUGGAAAACUAUGGUAUGCCUUUCAGUCGUUUGGAAAAUGGCAAAAUAUAUCAACGUGCAUUUGGUGGUCAGAGUUUGAAAUAUGGGAAAGGAGGUCAAGCACAUCGCUGUUGUUGUGUUGCUGACAGAACUGGCCAUUCAUUGCUGCAUACUUUAUAUGGAAGGUCCCUUAUGUAUGAGACACAGUACUUUAUUGAAUAUUUUGCACUGGAUUUGAUUAUGGAAGAUGGCGAGUGCCGAGGCGUGAUUGCACUUUGUCUGGAAGAUGGUUCUAUUCAUCGAAUCCGUGCCAAGAACACAGUCAUUGCAACCGGUGGUUAUGGAAGAACUUAUUUCUCCUGUACAUCGGCCCAUACCUGUACUGGGGAUGGUACUGCAAUGGUCAACAGAGCUGGUCUGUGCAAUGAAGAUUUGGAGUUUAUUCAGUUUCACCCUACUGGUAUUUAUGGUGCUGGCUGCCUCAUCACUGAAGGAUGCCGUGGAGAAGGUGGCUAUCUGAUUAAUGGAGAAGGUGAACGUUUUAUGGAACGCUAUGCUCCAAAUGCCAAAGAUCUUGCUUCUCGUGAUGUUGUAUCUCGUGCCAUGACAAUUGAAAUUCGUGAAGGCAGGGGUGUUGGUCCUGAUAAAGACCAUGUUUAUCUACAGCUUUCUCACUUGCCUGCGGAAGUUCUUCAAUCUCGUUUACCAGGAAUCUCUGAAACGGCCAUGAUUUUUGCCGGUGUUGAUGUCACACGUGAACCUAUUCCUGUUUUACCCACUGUGCAUUACAAUAUGGGAGGUAUCCCAACCAACUAUAGGGGACAGGUUAUUACAUACAGACCAGAAACUGGAGAUGUUGUUGUUCCUGGUCUCUACGCAUGUGGAGAAUCUGCUUGUGCAUCUGUCCAUGGAGCUAACCGCCUUGGAGCUAAUUCAUUGCUGGAUUUGGUUGUGUUUGGUAGAGCAUGUGCCAACACCAUAGCUGAAGAGAAUAAACCAGGAGAAACCAUCGGAAAGAUUUCUCAGAAUGCUGGUGAAGCGUCUGUUGCCAAUCUUGACAAACUGCGCCAUGCCAAUGGAAGUAUCUCAACAGCAGACUUGCGUCUGAAGAUGCAAAAGGCCAUGCAGUCUCAUGCUGCAGUAUUCCGAGAAGGUGAUACUCUGAAGAAAGGUUGUGAUGUGAUGGAUGGCAUUUAUACUGAAAUGAAUGAUCUAAAAGUGAGUGAUCGUGGAUUGGUUUGGAAUACAGAUCUCAUUGAGACUUUAGAACUACAAAAUCUCAUGUUAAAUGCUGUGCAGGCUAUCCAUGCUGCCGAAAAUAGGAAAGAAUCUCGUGGGGCUCAUGCCAGGGAGGACUUUAAGGACCGAGUGGAUGAAUUCGACUACAGUAAAUCUGUUGAAGGACAAGAGAAGAAAUCUGAACAUUGGAGAAAGCAUACCGUCAGUUAUUGUGAUCCUGAAACAGGGAAAGUUGAACUUCUCUACAGACCUGUAAUUGAUGACACACUAAAACCAGAAGACUGUCCACAUGUCAAGCCAGCAAUUCGUUCUUAUUAAGUUAUUUUCUAGAAAACCUAGGAACCUUAGCGUCGGCCACCUCUUUUAGACGUUACCUACAGCUGUCACAGAUAUAUUUAUGGUUUCUGGAUAUCUUCGUCCUUUUCUGACAACUGGAAAGAAACUUAUAUAAACAUGCACACAUACAGACACACAUGUAUGUUGAUAGAUAGAUACAUACAUAUAAUUAAAUAAAAUAAUCACAUCCACUUUGGAGAACAUUCUGGGUUUACCCAGUCUUGUAUAGAUAUUAAAAUGUUUUUUUAAAAAAGUUUUUUUAUUUUAUUAUUAUUAUUAUUAUUAUUAUUAUUAUUGUUGUUAUUAUUAUUAUUAUUAUUAUUAUUAUUAUUAUUAUUAUUAUUAAGGCAGCAAGCUGGCAGAAUUGUUAGCAUGCCAGGUGAAAUGCUCAGUGGUAUUUCUCGUCUGUCACUACUUUCUGAGUCCAAAUUCUGCCGAGGUUGACUUUACCUUUCAUCCUUUUGGGGGUCGAUAAAAUAAGUACCAGUUGAACACGGGUCGGCAUAAUCGACUACUUCCCUCCCUCAAGAUUUCAGGCCUUGUGCCUUCAGUAGAAAGGAUUAUUAUUAUUAUUAUUAUUAUUAUUAUUAUUAUUAUUAUUAUUAUUGCUUUUUGCCAAAUAAGAUGUCUUACCUUUUUAUCCUUAAGUUUAAAAAUAUUUUGUCUUUUCUAUUAGUGAUAAAUUGUGUUAUUCAUUGUUGUAGAACCAAUCACAACUGUAAAUGACUAGUCGUUUCCUCUGAUUUUUGUUCCCUUGGAGCCAAAAUUUGAGAUCUUUCUGAAACUUUUUAUUUUGAACACAAUAUUAGACUGUAGCCAGAGGGGUCAGUGUGGGGCGCUUUGAGAGGAAAAUGGAACUAUUUGUAUGAAUGUUUUCCUCCUGCGAUAGGCCAAAGUUAAAAUAUUAAUACCCACCCCACCUCUGUAACAAGUGUCAGCCUCAACAACCGUAACGAUAACAAGUACAAUUACACACCAAAUGAAAAGUACUACAGUAGCAGAAUGACAAAAACAACUCUGCUGUUGCCACAAACACUACAACUCAUUAAAAUAGAUUAAAUGAUGAACUAUUAACAGAAUUUGGGAUCUUCUCUCAAAUAAUGAGAUCUGAAGACUUCUAAGUGGAGCCUUCAAGUAAUCCCUGAACGCUAUGUAAACCAGAUUGUUUUUCAACCAAAAGUAAAUAGAUUCUCUCACCAUUUUCCUGCUGCCAUGGUAGUAUUCAGUGGAAAAUGGUACUUAUAGUACAUCUGACAUUUAACAAACGACCUCAGGUUACUGGAUAAUAGAUAUUGCGAGGCCUGGAUGCAUGCUCUCAUGCCCAUCAGUAUAUGCUUCUCUUAGUCGGUCUAGAAAAGCCUGGAUUUCGAAGUACUGAUAUACUUCCUAGAUCUGGAUGAUACGUUGGUGGUCCUGGAAGUGAGCUGUAGUGAAGGCAUGCCUUCAGACUUGUAGCUAUCUAUUAUCCCUUUUAAAGGAAUGCGACUUGGACCAGGGCAGAGAUGAAUCCGUAUGAGCCAGUGGGCUUGCGGUUUGGUACUUCGAGAAGCAAGACCAGAUUGUUCAUCCAGCGUCGUUGGCCAAUGGAUGAAUGGUUCGGUUUCGUCGAUUGGAGUCUCGUUUGGACCAGACCUCGAGUGACAUUAUGAACAGGGUGAUCAGUUUCACCCCGAAAUGGGGCCCGAGAGGACGAUAACAUUGAAAGGUCUGGUAGAAGUUAUAUAUUACCUUUUAUCGUCUCUCUAUUUUGUUACUCUCUGACCAUCUAGUUUGCAUUUGUGUAGUGUGGAGUGGUCUGCUCCUUGGCUUUUUGUGGAAGGGACGUGUUCCUUUGCUCAGGCAGUCAGUCCAUUUACUCUCACUCCUUCCUUACAUGGGAGGUUCAAUAUGCUGUGGAUGAUGAUGCACUAACGUGCUGUGGCUACAACACAAGAUUCGUAGACGGUGAGCAGAUGUGGCUACCUUUUGGCAGAAACAUCUUUUCAUAGCUCGUCUCCU